AUGAUUGGAUUAUUAAGGGCCUCCUAUCUUUUCCCCCUUUUCCUAGCCAGCUUCAUGCAGCCAAAUCCCAAAUACGAGAAGAUGAAGAUGCAUUGCUACAAAGAUGUGAAAGGAACCAUCUAUGACUACGGGGCCACCCCUCUCAAUGGAAGGGAAUACAUCCAGUUCAAGCAGUAUGCGGGCAAGCAUGUCCUCUUUGUUAACGUGGCCACCUACUGUGGUCUCACAGCUCAAUAUCCUGAACUGAAUGCACUUCAGGAGGAGCUGAAGCCCUUUGGCCUAGUUAUAUUGGGCUUUCCCUGCAACCAAUUUGGGAAGCAAGAACCAGGAGAGAACUCAGAGAUCCUUCCUGGACUCAAGUAUGUUCGUCCGGGGAAUGGAUUUGUACCUGGUUUCCAGCUUUUUGAGAAAGGGGAUGUGAAUGGUGAAAAAGAACAGAAAGUCUUUACUUUCUUGAAGCAUUUCUGCCCUCACCCCUCUGAGAUUUUGGGCUCAUACAGAUAUAUCUCCUGGGAACCCUUGAAGGUCCAUGACAUCCGCUGGAACUUUGAAAAGUUUCUCGUGGGGCCUGAUGGACUCCCUGUCAUGCGCUGGUACCACCGGACUUCAGUCAGCACAAUCAGGUUAGACAUUCUGGAUUACCUGAAGCAGUUCAAAACUAAAUAG